AUGGAAAAUAAUCUUGAGUCAUGCCUGAAAAUUGCUAGUCAGUAUAUCACAGAUUUUAAAUAUUCUAAAUUUUUUAUCAAUGGGAAUUACACCACUUUGUGUGAAAACGUUUUAAAACAUAGACUAAGUAUAAAAAGAAUUCUGGCUGAAUUCCAUAAAAAAUGUUAUCAGCCUAAAAAUAUGUCACUAACUAUACUUCUAGGGAACAAGGGAAAUCCUGCUGAUCACUACAACAUGAAUGAUAUUGAAAACAUGAUUGUACACAUUUUUGGAAAGAUAAAAAAUGACAACCACAUUAUUGAUGGGGAUGUUAUAGAGACACCAAUUAAUCAUAUGAAAUUAGAAUGGAAAAGCUUUAAUGGGCGAAAAGAAAAUUAUAAUAACACAAAUUUCACCCACGAGGAGCAAAAUGGCUUAAGUAAUGAUGCGAGAAGUGAAAAAGAACAUGGGCUUAUUCAGUCUUUGAAUGAGAUCCACUAUGUGCUUGAUUUAGACCAGAAGAACAAGUAUAUUGAAAUUUUAAAAAAAGAAGAAUGGGCAAAUCAUGUUUACCUAUAUUGGAGUUCUAAAACUAACAUUGACUUGUGUAAAAAAAUUGAAGAAUUUGGGUCAAUGACAUUUUUACACGAAAUUUUUUCUGACUUCAGAAAGAGUGGAUUUUAUUACAAAAUAUCUGUGGAAAAUAAAUAUAUCUACGAUUUAAAGGUUACAAGUACGUGCAAUAAAUACUAUUUGAACUUUGGAAUACUGGUGAAAUUAACCCAAAAGGGGAAAAGUAACAUAGCUCAUUUGAUACACAUAUGCAAUGUUUUUGUUAACGAAAUAAGUAAAUUAUUUGAUCGUGAUAGCUUAGAUAAAGGAAUAAAUAAAUACCUCCUUGAUUAUUACAGGGAAAAGGCAUUGCUCACUGAUCUGAAUUUCAACAGUGACAGUGUAGGUGUGAGCCUUAAUGACUUAAUAAUUUACUCGAACAAACUGCUGAUUUACGCAGAUGAUCCAUCUUCACUUUUAACUAUUCAUAAUUUAAUUGAAGACAAGAAUAAAAAUGACUUUCGAAAUCAUAUUAAAAUUACAAGCUUAGUAGGUUCUCUAAUUAAAAAUGAGAAUUUAAACAUCAUAAACGUUGUAGAUACAUUCAACCUAACAAAUCAUAGUCAAAUUCCCAACACUACCAUAAAGUAUGCUAUAGGGGAAAGUCCAUAUCUUAUUGGUCAAGGGGGAAUUACAAAUGAUAUAAAUAUUACAUUUCCAGAAAUAAAUACUUGUGCUCUCAAUAGUUUUGAAAAUAAUAGUGCUUCGUAUGAAAAAUCAUUUUACUGUGUUCCAUAUAACAGCAGUGAAAAUUUUGAAUUUCCAGAAACUGAACCAAUGUUUAUUUCUGAGGAAAAUAAGAAUGAAUUUAAAGAAAACAUUAUAUGUACAAUGCCUUGCUUGAUUAAAUCCUCGUAUGGAUAUAAUAUUUAUUUUAAAAGAGGUCUAACAGAUGCUUCAAAAGUAAAAUCGGAUUUCAUUUUUUAUUUUCCUUCUGAAAGGUUGACUUUUUAUGAAGCUAUUUUUUCUCGUAUACACAUUAUAAUUUUGACUAAAAAGAUAAAAGUUUUCCUUGCUGAUUAUGUUAACUGUUCCGUAAAUGUGAAUAUUAAGCGGAAUGCAGAGUCUUAUAUUAUACACAUGGACACUGGCAGCUAUUAUUUCGAAGAUUUCUUUAACAAAAUAGGGGAUCUGUUGUCAGUGAAAGAGACUCCUUCUAAAGAAGAAUUUGAUGAUGCUUAUGAUGAAUUAAAUAUGUAUGUAAAAUCAAGCAGAAAACUGGAAGUAGGAAAUUCAUUAAAUAUUAUGUAUUCCUUAUUUAACGAAUAUGAACCAACGGACAAAGAAAUGGAUGACAUUUUAAAUGCAUACUUCUUUUACCCAUCAUAUAAUGACUAUACCAAAUAUGUUAAUGGUUUUUUUCAUAGAAAUUAUAUUAACAUAUUUAUAUAUGGAAAUGUUAUAAUUCCAACGGGAAAAGAGGGUGAAAAUGCAGCUAGCUAUAUUAACCAUAAUAUUAACAAUGGAGGUAGCGGCGUUAUAAAUAACCCUAGCAACAAUACUAUUAGCAAUGCAGAUAGUAUCGACAAGUACAAAUAUAAUAUGGUGUUUUAUGAAAAGACAAAUAAUAAGGGUAAUAAUGCUUUAUAUUUGAAGAAAAGGGAUAACAACCCGGAACUGCAGAAAAAUUUUGAAAAACAGGCAUUUAUAGACGAUUCUCUCCAAAUAUCUCACAACGGAUUAGGGAUAGAAUAUUUAGUUAAUUUGUCUGAGGCAUUCAUAAAGAAAGUAACAAAUGAUGUUUUAAAGAAAAGCGAGUCUACAUACUACACGAGGAAGCUAGUUAAUAAUGAAAAUGUUGAAGUAGAUAUCCCCAUUGUGUCUCAAAAUGUCAAUAGUUCGAUAAUAGUAUCAUAUAUAAUCGAAUCAGAAAGUGUAUUAAGUGAUACUUUAAUUGAUAUCAUCGUUAAUUUAAUAUCACCCGAUUUUGCUAAAUUUUCUAAAACAAAGUAUAAUGAUGGUUAUGUUGUUGAGGUAAAAAGAUUUUCCACACGUUAUGGAUUAGGUGGAUUACUUUUUGUUAUUCAGAGUUUUGACAAUGACGUUGAAAAACUUGAGGCACAUAUAUGUACCUUUGUAAAAUAUGUGACGUUUGAACUAAUGAACAUUGAAAUUUCUGAUCUGGUCAAAAAAUUAGAAUCUAUGAAGGAGUAUUACAUGGUAAAUAAUGGUAUAUUUACAUUCGACCAAGAAUAUUAUUCUAUACUGGAUCAGCUAACUUCUGGAAUGGAAUGCUUUGACAAAAAAUAUAAAAUUAUAAAAAUAUUUGAUGAAUUAAUUAAUUGUCCUAAAAUCAUUUUGAAUAAAGUAAAUGUAAUUUUAAAAAAUUCCAAAAAAGCAAUCUUUAAAGGAUAUAAAACGGUUAAUCCAUCUUACAAUAAAAAAGAGGAAAUUCACAAUGCAAACUCAUACUCAUGCAACUAUUCUCACAAGGCACGUGAAAAAUUGUCGAAUGUGCAGCUAACAGAGAGUUCUCGCUUAGUUAAGAAAAAACGAUCCAGAGGAGAAAAAAACUUACGCAAUGACAAAUUUAGAAUGAAUAAAUUACAUAAAAAAGACAAUUUUAUUACUGUAUCAAAUUUUGUGGAGAUGAAAAAAAAAGGUUUUUUUCAAUACGUUAUCGAUUAUUUUAAAAAUAGCAACAACAUGUAUUUGGACGAUAGCAAUUACUUUGACUUUAAAAGCUGCGAGGAGGAAAUGUCUAAAAGUAACUUCCACGUAUUUUACAAUUUUACCAAUGACAUAGGUAAAAUAAGGGCAUACUUUCUCCAAAAGUUUGCCAAUGAUAAAGAAAUUAGGGAAAAGUGUUCUGUAGAUUAUGAAGAAAUUAGACAGUAUUGCAGCAUGAACUAA